AUGGCGCCCGGCACCAGCGCAGACGGGGUCGCUAUUUUGGGCUGCUGCGUGAAGCCAGCUGCGCGCCGGCGACGACUCCGGUCACGGGGCGCUCUGGCGUCGACUCCGGCACGGCCCUGCAGCAGCGGGACGAGCACACUGAGCCUGCCCGCCGUCUGGAGCCAUCCGCCGUGUGCAGGCGUCGCAGACGCGGGCGCGACCAGCGCGGAGCCUCCAACCACACCACCGCCGCCCAGGCCAGCCGCUCUACGCUCCAGCGCUACUUGUGUGCCGUGCGCCCGUCUCCGGCUCCUCUCUACCAGACCUCCGCUGCGACGUCGACAAUUGAAUCGCCUGCCCGCAAGGGAACGGUGUGCGACAGCAGGACUGCAACAGAGCCCGCCACGCGCCCUCCCGCGACAGCCAGAGUCGCGCGCCGAAGACGCUGUGUCCCCGACUGCACGACAGCACCAUCCUCAACUGCAACACACGCUCCACGCCCACCGACACACGCAAGGCGUCGCCAAAACUGCCUUUCUCGACGCCCGUCCAGAGCUCGCAUGCUGGCCCGUUGAACGUCGAGAGCCGAGCCUCACCCUCCGCUCCUUUGCAUGCACCACCACCCUGGCCAACUCGACACGCUCACUACAUGCUUUGCGACAGCAUACCAUUCGCCACCCAGCUUUUCGGAGACGCCCUCGCGCCCCAGUAGCGUCGAGUGCUCCCAAACCGAUCGAUUCGCGCCAUCGCCACCAAGCCCAGGACUUUGUGAAGAGGGACCCCGUGCAGGUGCAAGAGGAGGAUUCGGUGGACGACGCAGGGGAGCCGCUCUUGAUCCGCGAGCACAGGGGACGCGCCGUCAUGGGCAAGGCCCACCGUCUGUUCCAUCGUCGCGCGGCGCAGGUCACGCCCAACAUACUGACGGUCAACGUCGAGGUGGUCGCCACACUCGACUCUGCCGGAAAUGUCGUUGGACAAGCCACCGCCACGCCCGCCAUCGGGGGCACCACCUUAAUUCCUGCUGCUGUUGUGUCAACCGUAGCCACGGAUGCUGUCGUUCUACCUUCAGUACCCUCAGUCCCUGCGGUCCCUCCAUUUCCAAGCGACUUGAAUGUCCCAUCUGUUCCAGCGUACCCGUGGCCGUCAGGCGUCCCAACAGUGGCAGCUGUCGCCGCCACCACGCAAGCUGCAGCGCCCGAGUCGACGCCUGCCGCCAGUCUCUCGAGCGUCGGCGUUUUCCCCACUGCUUCAGGAUUCAACAACUCCACAACGUCGAUCACAUCACCUUCUGCAUCUUCGUCACUCAACUCAACCUCAUCCAGAUCAUCAUCGAGAUCAUCUUCGCCUUCAUCACACUCAUCAACACUUUCAUCGACUCAGUCUUCCAUCACGUCUAGCGCCACAUCUGCACAGACUACCAGCCUUGCGUGGGUAGCUUCCAGCACGGUAGGGGGAGGUGGUGCUGGUGGUUUUGCCGACCCGGCAGGCACAGGCGCUACAUCCACGCCCACAGUGACACCCGUCACAGAUGCAGGGUCGAGUGGCCCGCUGGAGACGCCUCAGGUUGUGGGAACUGUUGUUGGUAGCUUGGCCGGCUUCGCUUUGCUUUUAUGGUUGAUGCUGUUUCUCAUCAAGCGUCACAAACAAAAGCAGCGUGGCGGCGCGCUCCAGCUUACUGGAGAUGAUCAGACUGAUCGGGAAAUCAGCCAACCCAUGACGCAAAACGCAGCACGCACCAGCUUUGUUCCUCCGUCCUUCCUCAACCGCUUCUCUGGAGCCUCCAGAUCUACUGUCGAUACUGCCAGUACCGGUGAGAAGAGCUUCCAACGCAUCUCAGGACGUAAGCUGCCCUCAGCCUUUAGCGAGGGUAUGACGUCGGAGCAAUUCGCUUCAGGACGGGGAGAGAGCACAAUGUCAGGCUCUUCGUUCUAUCACGACGACAAAGGCUGGUAUGGCGGACCAGGCGUCAUAUCAAAGGACUUUGGAGAAUCGAGUUUCGCGAAAGAGAUUGGGGAUACGUCCAACACUGGCGCGAUGGGCACCGCGGCGCGAGUGAGACCGAGUCCGGCCCAGACUCCAGUCAUCCACCAUGCUGCGGAUGAUGUCCCUGUCUGGGGUGCGCCGCCCCGCAACGGCGGAGACACGCUCAGUCCUCCGAUGACGCCGAACCCGGACUUUCCUCCACGAGGCUCGCUCGGAAGGAGCCAUCCCUCGCGAGACGGCUCUACCAUCUCGAGAAGUUCACGCUUCACCGAGAACGUGUGA